AUGUUGACAGCCGCACUGACUUCCUCUCUCCUCCUAUCAUUCGCAUCUGCGGCUGCUAUCGGGAACUCACAGCAGCCACUCGACCAGAAUGGUACAAACGCGACUAUCGACCAUGUCGACCAGGCAGCCUUCCAAAAAUUUCCCAUCGAAGCUAUGAGCGACACUGUAUUCCGUCUCCACCAUCACGCUGCCAAAGCACUGCUCAGCGACCAGUCAUACGUCGUGCUCCGUCAAGGCGAAAUUUGGAAACGACGAUCUGAGAUCUGGCACUACCUUCGAAAACACGAUCUCGACUGUCAAGAUUGGAUGGAUGCUGAGAUGGGCGAUUCUCGAGACAACAGGCGUAGGAUCUUCAUGUCGGGCGGUCGCAUCUUCGACGCGGACCCGGAACGCGUUCCUCAAGAAGUGAUCGCUGCGCUGCAAAAUCUGGCGGAUCGAGAACACGAGAAUAGGCUUGGGAUGAGGUGUCAGAAGCUCUGGAACGCCACUCAUACCGAUGACAGUAAUACUGAUCAGGGCAAGAUGUCGUUCCGAGACAGGUUCAACCAAGAGCAUGGCACACCUGACCAAAGCUGGAUGAUCCCGACUCCAAACGAGUACAUCCAAUAUCAGAUUCCUGAAUCUGUCUUGGAAGACAUGUGGAAAGCAAGCGAGGAACGGGAAAAGCAAGACAUCCUUGCAGCUAAGCUGUCAGUCAGAAAUGUGGAGCUGCCAGAUCUUCGCAAGUGCAAGAGACUGGAGCGCAUGUGA